AUGGGUGACAAAGCAUCGAGCAGAGUCACACCUUUGGUAGCACCGUGUGUGAUUUAUGCCGAUGUAAAAAGUAGUAAACAAUUAAGCAGGCAGUACUUAAACGCUGAUCGUAGAUUGAAGGUCUCUCUGACGGUGAUCGUCACGCGAUUUGGACGAAGGUCGACGACGUCCGAGGGUAGUAGGGACUCCCGCGGUAGGUUGGUUCUUCGGAAAACUUGGCGGAGCGUUGGUUACCAUGCAAUGCCAGCUGGGAUUGGUCGAGUUUGGUGGGCGAAGGGAGAUCAAUACUGGGAGGCUUUCGACAUGGAGAGGCGUAGGCCGGUGUGUUCACCACGAGGAACGAGGACCGGGAUUAACGGCUGCUACUGGCACGACCUUGAUUGUGACCUUAACCUUGAUAACGCCCUUGAGCGAGAUACAAAAGCCCGUCGUCGUAUCGGCAACGACGGGAAUUUCCGCACCGGAAAAUUCGUCGCCACAUUUAACUCCCUGUAG